CGCUAUGUCGUCAGAGUGGUGCACUUGUUAUGGAUCAAUACCCGUUGAAAACCAGUGUAGAUGCGUAGCACCUCCUCCCGAAUGUAUAUGUGAAGAAACUCCAAAAAAGACACCAAGCGAGGAGGAUACGAGGCGUAUCGAAGUAGAUGAAACCAGUUAUGGACGCGUAUUUGGAGUUUCGGGACCUGUCGUUACCGCUGAGAAUAUGUCCGGUUCAGCCAUGUACGAAUUGGUACGUGUCGGUUACUUCGAACUAGUGGGUGAAAUUAUACGGCUUGAAGGUGAAAUGGCUACAAUACAGGUGUAUGAAGAAACUUCGGGUAUUACAGUGGGUGAUCCUGUGCUAAAAACGGGUAAACCGCUCUCGGUGGAAUUGGGACCCGGUAUAAUGGGCAGCAUCUUUGACGGCAUACAACGCCCGCUGCGAAGCAUAAACGAACUCACCAAAUCUAUUUACAUUCCUAAGGGUGUAAAUGUUAAAAGUUUAUCGCGUGAUAUAUCCUGGCAGUUUGAGCCAGCAAAAAAGAUUGUCGCAGGAUCACAUUUAACAGGCGGUGAUAUUUAUGGCACAGUACAAGAGAACACCUUAGUAAAUCAUAAGAUACUAUUGAAUCCACGUGCAAGAGGUACUGUGAAGUAUAUAGCGCCCGCCGGCCAGUACACAGUGGAUGAUAUUGUACUCGAGACUGAGUUUGAUGGUGUUGUGACUAAGCACAGCAUGUUGCAAGUUUGGCCGGUACGUCAACCACGGCCUGUUAUAGAAAAGCUGCCUUGCAAUCAUCCAUUGCUGACCGGACAACGUGUGUUGGAUUCACUUUUUCCCUGUGCCUUGGGUGGAACAACUGCCAUUCCGGGAGCGUUUGGUUGUGGAAAAACCGUUAUAUCACAGGCUUUAUCCAAAUACUCCAACUCUGAUGUCAUUAUUUAUGUCGGCUGUGGUGAGCGCGGUAACGAGAUGGCUGAAGUAUUGCGUGAUUUCCCCGCAUUGUCUGUUGAAAUUGAUGGUGUCACCGAGUCUAUCAUGAAACGUACCGCUUUGGUAGCUAACACCUCCAACAUGCCUGUCGCUGCUCGUGAAGCUUCUAUUUACACUGGUAUCACACUCUCUGAAUACUUCCGUGAUAUGGGUUACAACGUAUCUAUGAUGGCUGAUUCUACCUCCCGUUGGGCUGAGGCUCUUCGUGAAAUUUCAGGUCGUUUGGCUGAAAUGCCUGCCGAUUCUGGCUACCCAGCCUACUUGGGUGCACGACUGGCCUCCUUUUAUGAGCGUGCUGGUCGCGUAAAAACUUUGGGUAAUCCCGAGCGUGAAGGUUCCGUUUCUAUUGUCGGUGCUGUAUCGCCGCCUGGUGGUGAUUUCUCCGAUCCUGUCACCUCAGCCACACUCAGUAUUGUGCAAGUGUUUUGGGGCUUAGAUAAGAAGUUAGCGCAACGUAAACAUUUUCCGUCUGUCAAUUGGUUGAUUUCCUAUUCAAAGUAUAUGCGCGCACUGGACGAAUAUUACGAGGAAAAUUUCCCAGAAUUUGUUGCUCUGCGCAUAAAAGUACGGGAAAUACUGCAAGAAGAAGAGGAUCUCUCAGAAAUCGUGCAGCUAGUAGGAAAAGCGUCACUAGCCGAAACGGAUAAAUUGACGCUAGAGGUGGCAAAGCUGCUUAAAGACGAUUUUAUGCAACAAAAUUCCUAUUCGUCGUAUGAUCAUUAUUGUCCUUUCUACAAGACUGUGGGCAUGCUAAAGAAUAUAAUGACUUUCUACGACCUAUCACGCAAUGCUAUCGAAUCAACAACAACAGAAGAGAAUCGUGUUACAUGGAAUGAGAUACGCCAAGAAAUGGGAAAUAUACUGUACGAGUUGUCAUCGAUGAAAUUUAAGGACCCACAAAAAGAGGGAGAACGAAGAAUCAAGAGUGAUUAUAAAAGAUUGAAUGAUGAAAUGCAGUAUGCAUUCAGUCGCCUGUUGGAAUAAAUUAUUUUGGUAAUCGUUGUUGUUAUGUUUUUUUUUUAAUGCAUAAUGCCUUAUCUGUUAUUUUGAAGUAACCGUUUAGUAUAAUACAAUAGAGAGUCGGAAUAAAAAAUCUGUAUCCUAAAUUUACUAUUAAAUUCGUGGUAGCUUGCUAUAAGUUCGGAGGACGCACAAGCUGGAAUGACAACAACUUUCGCAGAUAAGUGACAAAAAAAGUGACAAAGCCCGGAGGGGGUUAUCUUAGUCGCAGCAGUUCAGGAAACCAAACUCCAUUUCGAUUCAAGCCCCCAGAGUCAGAACGAGUACAAAGUUUUCCGAAGAGACUCCACGCUUCGCACCAUCAAUAAAGAUGCUCCUACCAGGAUCGUGGGUGACCUUUACAGCUCAAAAAGACAAUGUCGGCCUUACUUACAGACAGCGAUUAAUCUUACAUCUGAAGGGAACAAACUCUGCCGCUGUAUGCUAAGUAAAGCACACAAGCUCCGCAUACGAGACACAUGAACUUAGUGUACUCAAGAGAGGCAAAUGCAGCUGUCAUAUAAGGCGUUAAGACCGAGCGGAAUAUUCGUGCAGAUUCUGAAAAAAACUAGGACGUGUCACUGACCAAUUUGAUGACAGCAGAAAAUCAUUCUCAUUCUCAAGCCAGGAAAGAAGGCGGAGAAUGGCAAGAGAAUGGUAUAGACCCAUCUCCCUUAUGUUUCCCUGUGGCAAAAACAAUGGAAAGACAUCACCUCUCCAGCAUAACUAAACACCUCCAUACAUCAUCACCACACAGAUCAGCGAGGGUCUAAACCCGUGCCAGUCAAAAUACACACAUACACAACUCACACUUAGGGCACUUAGCCUCACGAGGCUAAUGGCUGCCUGGCACUGAUCUAAAGCAAUGCCCACCAUGCAACCCUC